UAUUUGUUUCUCUCUUUCUCAAUCUAUCCUGCUUUCUCUCUCCCUCUCUAUUUCUUGUCCCUCUCUAUCUCACUUUCUUUCUUCUCCUCUGUCUUUCUUCUCCUUAUUCACAUACUCUCCUUCCCACAUCCCUCUUUCCCCUCCUCUUUAUUCCCUCUCUUUAUCCGUCUCUCCCUCUUCUUCCCGUCUGUGUGCGUCUCUCUCUCUCUCUCUCUCUCUCUCUCUCAGUCUGAAGCUCUUCCUCCACAUCUGCGUCCACACUCACGCGCACUCACUCACUCCUCUCGCGCUCUCAGUGGGAUCGCACGCGCUCAGUGGGAUUUUACUCUCUGUCUCUGUCCCUCUCUCUGUCUCGCUCUCUCUCUCCUGAUGAACAGGAAUACUCGCACUCUUUCUCCGCUGUUGGUGGCUAAUGCCCAGCGCCCCGCUUUCUCUCCCUGGCCCCGUCAGUAGUGUGCUGAGUCCAGCGGAGGCUCAUGGCUCCGCCCCCGGCCCACCGCCUGCUCCUCCUGCUGCUGCUGCCCACAGCGGUGACCUGUGGGGCGGGCACAGGGGCUCCAGAGUCGCCCUGCCAAAAAACCGAGCAUCCACUCAUCUCGCACACAGAUAUUGAGCCGUGGAUCCGCCGUUUCAGAGCAGAGGGCACGGUGGAUUAUUCGCAGCUGACCUUUGACCCUGGGCAGAACGAGCUGAUUGUGGGUGCAAGAAAUCAUCUCUUCCGGCUGCGUCUGGAGGACCUCUCACUGAUCCAGGAGGCAGAAUGGCACUGUGACGAGUUCACCAAAGGAGCCUGCUUCAGUCGAGGAAAAUCAGAGGAAGAAUGUCAGAACUAUAUCCGUGUCCUGCUGGUGAACGGAGACAGACUUUUCACCUGUGGCACAAACGCCUUCACUCCUAUCUGCACCAAUCGCACAUUGACUAAUCUAACAGAGAUCCAUGAUCAGAUCAGUGGGAUGGCGCGCUGCCCCUAUAACCCGCUCCAUAACUCCACCGCGCUCAUCACCUCCAGUGGAGAGCUGUACGCCGCUACUGCUAUGGAUUUCUCUGGCAGGGAUCCUGCCAUUUACCGCAGCCUGGGGGGCCUGCCCCCCCUCCGCACGGCCCAGUACAACUCCAAAUGGCUUAACGAGCCAAACUUUGUGUCCUCCUACGACAUUGGAAACUUCACCUAUUUCUUCUUCCGGGAGAAUGCAGUGGAGCAUGACUGCGGCAGGACAGUGUUUUCACGUGCCGCCCGAGUGUGUAAAAAUGACAUUGGUGGCCGAUUUCUGCUGGAGGACACCUGGACCACCUUCAUGAAGGCCAGGCUGAACUGCUCUCGGCCAGGAGAAAUCCCCUUCACCUAUAACGAGCUGCAGGGCACCUUCUUCCUGCCUGAACUGGAGCUGCUCUAUGGCAUUUUCACCACUAAUGUAAACAGCAUCGCUGCCUCAGCAGUGUGUGCCUUCAACCUGAGCGCCAUCACCCAGGUGUUCAGCGGCCCUUUUAAAUACCAGGAGAACUCUCGCUCCGCCUGGCUACCUUACCCCAACCCCAACCCCGACUUUCAGUGUGGUACUAUAGAUUAUGGCUCCUAUGUGAACCUGACGGAGAGGAACCUGCAAGAUGCUCAGAAGUUCAUCUUGAUGCAUGAGGUGAUCCAGCCCAUCGUUCCUGUGCCAUACUUCAUGGAGGAUAAUGUGCGUUUCUCUCACGUGGCCGUGGACGUGGUGCAGGGCAAAGACAUGCUCUACCACAUCAUCUACCUGGCCACGGAUUACGGCACCAUUAAGAAAGUGCUCUCUCCGCUGAAUCAGACCACAGGCAGCUGUCUGCUUGAUGAGAUCGAGCUUUUCCCCCCCAGGAGACGGCAGCCCAUCCUCAGCCUGUUAAUCCUGCACAGCCGCAGCGAGCUGUUUGUGGGCGUCAGGGACCAGGUCAUCAAAAUCCCCCUCAUUCGCUGCAAUUUCCAUAAGACCCGAGAGGCAUGUGUAGGAGCAAGGGAUCCAUACUGUGGUUGGGAUUUGGUGCUGAAGAAAUGUACCAUGCUGGAGGAGAGUGUGAGCAUGAGCCAGUGGGAGCAGAGCAUCACUCAGUGUCCAGUCAGAAACGUGACCGUGGAUGGUCAUUUUGGUCCUUGGUCCAGCUGGAGAUCAUGUAGCCAUAGUGACGGAGGAAGUGUUGGGUCAUGCCAGUGUCGGACACGAGCGUGCAACAACCCGAGUCCACAGUGUGGAGGGCAGCAGUGCCAGGGUACCAGCGUGGAAGUGGCCAACUGCUCCAGGAAUGGAGCGUGGACUCCAUGGACAGCGUGGGCUCCCUGCAGCACCAGCUGUGGCAUCGGCUUCCAGGUCCGCCAGCGCUCCUGCAGUAACCCCACCCCACGGCAUGGGGGACGAGUGUGUGUGGGACAGAACCGCGAGGAAAGGUACUGUAAUGAGCACCUGCCUUGCCCCCCACAUAUCUACUGGUCAGCCUGGUCACCGUGGGAGCGUUGCACCGUGCCAUGUGGUGGUGGCAUCCAGUCCCGGCGUCGGACAUGCGAAAAUGGGAACGAAUGUCCUGGAUGCAGUGUGGAAUACCAGUCUUGUAACACCCUGCCCUGUCCGGAUCUGAAGAAAACGACCCCUUGGACGCCCUGGACCCCUGUGAAUAUCUCAGAUAACGGCGGUCACUACGAGCAGCGAUUCCGCUACACCUGUAAGGCGCGUGUGGCGGAGCCAGGGCUGCUGGAGGUGGGCAGGCAGAGGAUAGAGAUGCGCUACUGUUCCAGCGAUGGGUCAACUGGCUGCUCCACUGACGGUGACCUGCUGCGGUCGGGCCGGAUCACUGGACUGACAGUUAAUGGCGGCUGGUCAGCCUGGAGCUCCUGGAGCCAGUGCAGCCGAGACUGCAGUUCAGGCAUCCGCAGCCGAAAGAGAACCUGCACCAACCCCAAACCCAAAUACGGUGGGACGUCCUGUCUGGGACCUGCACAGGAGUACCAGGAGUGCAACACAACCCCCUGCCCAGUGGACGGUAGUUGGUCCUGCUGGUCACCUUGGUCCAAAUGUUCAGUGACGUGUGGAGGGGGUCAUUACAUUCGGACCCGGACCUGCAGUAACCCCCCGCCGGCCUAUGGAGGGGACAUCUGCCUUGGCCUGCAUACUGAGGAGGCCCUGUGUAACACGCAGCCCUGUCCAGAGAGUUGGUCAGACUGGUCUGAGUGGUCCCACUGUGACUCUUCGGGUGUUCAAGUGCGUCUUCGUCACUGUGACGUUCUCUUCCCCACCGGCAACCAGUGUGCAGGAAACAGCAGCGAGAGCCGCGCCUGCCUCACCGAAUCCAACUACAUCCCAGAGAUUUCUGUUGCGCAUUCCAGUCAUGAGGACAGACAGUGUGGGGAUUUUAACGUCUUCCACAUGAUCGCUGUGGGUUUAAGCAGCUCUAUACUGGGUUGUCUGGUCACUUUACUGGUCUACACCUAUUGCCAGAGGUACCAGCAGCAGUCACAUGAUGCAACAGUCAUCCACCCCAUCUCCGCUGCCCCGCUUAAUACCAGCAUCACCAACCACAUCAACAAACUGGACAAAUAUGAUUCGGUGGAGGCCAUUAAGGCUUUUAAUAAGAAUAACUUGAUCCUGGAGGAAAGAAAUAAAUACUUUAACCCUCAGCUCGCUGGAAAAACAUACACCAAUGCCUACUUCACAGACGUCAACACCUAUGAUGACUAUUAAAGCCGGAUUUUUAAGGCCAGUGCUCCUUAAUAUCGCAGAUUCAACACUGCGAGUAGUACAUGCAGUCUAAUUUUUACUUUUUUUUUGCUUUGUGAUUUGCUAUUUGACAUUUUUUGUGGGACCAUUUCAACAUCACCUGUCAAAACUCCCACCGUACCAUCUUCAAGCUAACGAGGACUUUUGCUCUUGUGGAUGUUAUACUACAAAAAAAAAACCAAUUCUGAAAACUCUUGCACAUGAAGAGCAACAAAAAUGACAUCUCCAAGGCUGGAGAAAUGUUUUAAAAACUUUUUAAGGAAGGCGAUUUGAUCCCUAUGUGACUCCUGUGAACUCUCUGGGAAAAUCCCUGACGUUUGGGGAGAAACACUGGCGCUUUUAUUUUUUUGCAUGAUUUUCACCCAUUGUGUUUUUUCUUCAUCGUCGCUUCAUUCUUUCGCAUGGUUGUUUUUGCAUUUCUGGACAGUUUUGUCUGCUUUGC